AUGGCAGAUGACAAUCAGAAUGAGGUGAAGGACGAGGUGGUACCAGAUAUUGCCCCUUUUGAUCCUACUAAAAAGAAGAAAAAGAAGAAGGUUGUAAUUCAGGAUAUUACUGAUGAUUCUGUGGACAAGCUGGCUGAGAAAACAGAAAACCUGGCAGUUUCUGAUGGGCAGGAGAGUACAUUUUCUGGUUUGAAAAAGAAGAAGAAGAAGCCAGUUGAAACCAGUAUCUUGAAUGAAGACAGUGAAAAUGCAGUGGAAGAUUUAAAUGAGCGCUCUGGCGAGGAUGAGGAAGGAGAAGGAAUUGUUCUUGAGGCUCCAUCCUAUCCUUGGGAGGGGAGCGAUCGUGAUUACACAUAUGAGGAGCUUCUUGAUAGGGUGUUUAACAUUCUGCGUGAGAAUAACCCGGAGCUGGCUGGAGACAGGCGUAGGACGGUUAUGAGGCCUCCACAAGUACUUCGUGAGGGCACAAAGAAAACUGUUUUUGUGAAUUUCAUGGAUCUGUGCAAGACGAUGCAUAGGCAGCCAGAUCACGUCAUGGCUUUCUUGCUGGCUGAACUGGGGACAAGUGGAUCCCUUGAUGGACAACAGAGGUUGGUCGUCAAGGGAAGAUUUGCACCGAAGAAUUUUGAAGGAAUACUGCGGCGAUAUGUCAAUGAAUAUGUCAUUUGCCUUGGGUGCAAAAGUCCAGACACUAUACUUUCAAAGGAGAAUCGUCUCUUCUUUCUCAGAUGCGAGAAGUGUGGUUCUGGACGAACAGUUGCUCCAAUUAAAGCUGGUUUUGUGGCUCGCGUUGGACGAAGGAAUGCUGGGACAUGA